ACUGCUAUAGAGCUGUUAUGCUGCGUACGUACACGAAAAGAUCGACCGAAGAUGUGUACGACACAUCAGAUGGAGCACUUCCCUUCCAACUACAGCUAAUCGCUGAAGACGACCUCGGAGAAACGCCUGCCAGGAGAAAAGAAUCAUUGGAGAAGCUAUCCAAGCUUAUAUCAGAGGAGCUGGAUCUAAACCCAAGAAGGGAUGCCGAAUUCCUCAUUCGUUUCUUACGCACAAGGAAGUACAACGUGGAGGCGGCCAUGCAGACCAUCAGAAACUACUACUACAACCGGUCUGGGUGCGAUUCCGUCUACGGCGAAUUUUUUCCUUCGGCCGUGCCUCCAUCUGCGCGGAAACUAGCCAUGGUUUUGCCUUGCAAGGAUCGGCAGGGCCGUCAGAUUUUUUUGUGCAACCUAGGUGCAUGGAAUCCAAAUGAAGUAACUCACGCCCUCUUUCUGCGCGCCAUUCUUAUGUGCCUAGAGUUCAUGACGUUCGAUCCUUCAGCACAGACUCUCGGUAUGGUUUUGAUCGUAGACUGUCAGGACUUCACUGUGGAAAACGCGCUGUCAUUGAAACCUGGCCUAUUGAAGAGAGGAGUGGAAUACGUGCAGGACUGCAUGCCAUCAAGGAUUAAAGCUUUCCACGUUAUGCGACAAGGGCGUGCUUUCGACAUCUCCUACAGCAUCAUGAAGCCUUUCAUUAGAAACAAGAUGGCCAGAAGAUUUAUAUUGCACGGAGAAAACUUCGAGAGCCUCCACAAGGACAUUUCACCAGAACAACUACCUCCACAGUUCGGUGGACAGGCGCCUCCACUAGACUACGAUGCCUUCUGGAGCAAAAUGGACGAGUUGGAAGACGUCUUCGAAAGAAAUAAUCGCUACGGCUACCCCAAGAACAACAACGGUGACUUCGCUACGCAGGAGGAAGUUGAACGAGCUUUGGAGUUUCUGUGA